AUGUUUCGCGCAGCAUCACGGCGCACCGGCGCCAACGUCGCAAAAUUUGUACAGUCACAGCCUCAGAACCAAGCCCGCUCAAUCUACACCAAGAGCAACACACGGCCAAGCCUUCAAACCUAUUUCCAAAAUGCCAGACCUCUCGCCUCUCCCUAUAUCUCCGGUACUCGGCACCUUACAAUCAUGCAAAAGAUCGGGCGCCGAUACCGCGAAGCAUCAAAAGGCAUCUGGCGCAAGAACCCUGUGCUCAUGCCACUGGCAAUUUUCUCCAUUGUCGGCGGAGCCAUGGCCUUCGCUUACAUUUCCUAUGUUGAAGUGACGCGUGUUGGGCCACAGUAUCAUAACUUCCCGCCACCAGUGGCCGAUGCCCUUCGCACCGCUAUCUACUACACUGAGAUCGACCUAAACCCACCCAAGGCGCUUAAGGGAUACAAGGAGGCGCUGCGGAUAGCAGCCGAGUUAGAUGUUCACCCGUUCUCGGACGAGGUGCUUGGUAUCAAGCUCCAGGCAGCGAUGAUGCUGGAGAAAGCCGGAUUGAUGAAGCCAGCCAUUGAUGUUUUGGAACGAACGAAAGCCGAGACUCUUGCUUGGGUGGACGCGGGACGGGCUGGUGAUGCCAUUGCUGCCGCUGCGAAGGUCAAAGAGGCCCAAGAACAGGCACAGAAGUCAACUGCCGAGGACAAGGUCGAUGUCGAGGCUAAGCAGGAGACACCAGAGGAUUUGGAAGCACUUGCUCAAUAUGAGAACCGCCAGCGGGACAAGGCGCUUAAGAAGGUCGUUGGAAUCAUGAUGAAGCUUGGCGAGCUUUAUUCCAGCGAGCACAUCCAGGAGGACAAAAAGGCCGAGGCUGCGCAGGUCGCCGCCGUGGAACUCUGUUUGAAGGAAAUGCACCGCCGCCAGAGGCUGGGACUUCCUGUUGGUAGCUCCAACAGUGAUGAUGGAUCAGCAGGCGACGCGUGGUUGAACCUCACCGAGAUUGCGACGGCUUUGGCCGAGCUUGCUACAACGUACACCGCCAAGGAGCGGUAUGAGUUGGCCAUGCCGCUGUAUCUACGUGCACUGGAUUUGAUCCGUAACGCUGAAGGCAGCAACAUUUCUUGCAAGCAGGUUGUGCUGCUCAACGGCGUUGCUUCUGCUUUGGUAGGCCAAGUUCAGCUGCCUCCUAAGUCUCAGCCUCAGGAACCCGUUGCCGCAGCGCAGACCGUCGAGUCUGCCCGCCAGUGGGCUGAGAAGGCCAUUGAGGUUGCGGCGCACAUUCAACCUCCGGUGCGAGAUGAGGAAUGCGACCUCACUUGUGUUGUUGCAACUUAUAACCUGGGCGAAUUGGCUGAGCUACAAAAGAAACCUGCUGUGGCUAAGCAGCGUUAUACCGAGGCUAAGGAAUUGGCCGACAAAAUCAGAUACCAAGAAGGAAGUCUCAUGGCGAAGGAGGCAUUGAAGAGAUUGGGACAGAAAUAA